AUGGAUACUGAAGGGGCUUCUUUAAGUGAGCAACUGCUAGACGCAGCCAGAAGAAAUAAUUUGGAUUUACUAGAAACUGUAUUUGAUAGCUUGGAUGAUGAUCCUGAGAAGAUUGCGAAGCUUAUCAAUGAGUCCAAAGAACCCUUGGGGAACACGGCGUUGCAUUUAUGUUGUAAAUAUGGGUCCUGGGAAGUUCUUGACAAGAUUCUCGACCAAGACGGUGGGAUCGAGAUAGAUCCUCAAAACGAUGUUGAUGGCGACACUCCACUACACGUUACAGUUAAAUAUAGUCAAGAAGAGCCUGAGCAUGGGACAUUUAUUGCCAGAAAUCUUAUUGAAGUGGGUGCCGACCCUAGGAUCAAAAAUUACAACAAUCAAAAACCUAUCGAUUUGGUCCACGGUGACGAAUUAGAUGAAUUGAUUGAUCUUUUACAGGGUGCUGAAUUGGCCAUUGAUAGUAAUAACGGAUUGGCUGAUAAAGAUGAAAGCGAGGAAAUUAUAGAUGAUGGUCCCUCGGAUGAUGACGAAGACGAUGAUAAAAACUGA